UUCGUGACCCGCUGCUCUGUUGAUUCCGCUCUCGUCUGACGCUGUACGGGUACAGACCACUAGAGAAAGCUUUCGUUUCCCUUCAAGUACGACUGCGCUGCUAGUUUCACUUGAUUCAACUCAGUUUAUGUAAUAAUUACAGUUUUAUGAAGACCUAUUCAGCUGCCAACAUUUCCCGGAAAACGAGGAACAUAAUAUCGACAACAUAAUACCAGCAUUCUGACACAAACAGCGACGCUCAGGUUGUAUUGUUUUGUCUAAUGCCAGAGAUAUUGUAAUUGAAAAAAAGAUAUCAAUGGAAUUUCAAGGUUCAGUGUUGUUAUGAAAAGGCUUUCGCAAGCUGUGCCUCAUGUGUGCGGAACAUUGGAUGCAUAUAUAAUCAGGAAACGGGGUUCCACAGGUCACUCGAGUUAAUCACUACCUAGACCCGUGAAGGCUGUAAAGCACGGAUAACACAGUAACACAGAGGCAGUAUCGGCAAUGCUUUCCUCCGGAUAAUAUAACAACAGGGCCGUGCCGUCAGAGUCACUAUGACAAGAGAUUAUGAUGAAAUUACUUCUUUUUUAGGUGAAUGGGGACCCUUUCAAAGGGGGAUUUUCUUUUUACUGAGUUCCAGCAUCAUUCCUAACGGCUUUAAUGGUCUAUCUGUCGUUUUCCUCGCUGACACGCCAAGUCACUGGUGUCAUAUUCCCACAAAUACCAAUAUUAGUCUUCAAUGGAGAAACGUGAGCAUUCCUUUGGAGGAGGUGAAUGGGGAAUUGCAGUACAGUAAAUGCAAAAGAUACAGCCUGGGCGUGAUCCGAAACCUGUCCGCUAUGAAUUACCUGCCACAUGUGGAUGUAAAUGUCACCGAGAUAAAGCAGGAGCGUUGUCUCGAUGGCUGGGAAUACAGCCAGGAGACGUACAUAUCCACAAUAGUAACGCAGUGGGACCUUGUGUGCGGCAAUGACUGGAAAAUACCUCUUACUACUUCAAUCUUCUAUUUGGGGGUGCUGUGUGGAUCCUUUAUAUCGGGACAGUUGUCAGACAGGUAUGGGAGGAAGUUAGUACUGUUUGGGACCAUGGCAGUUCAGACUUGCUUCAGCGUCGUCCAGGUCUUCGCUCCAAACUGGGUGGCAUUCUGUGUGCUCUUCUUCAUAGUGGGGAUGGGUCAGAUCUCCAACUACGUGGCAGCAUUUGUACUGGGAACCGAAAUCUUAGGCAAGACCGCUCGCGUGCUCUAUUCCACGCUGGGAGUGUGCCUUUUCUUUGCGAUCGGCUACAUGCUGCUGCCUUUAUUUGCUUUCUGCAUCAGAGACUGGAGGAUGCUGCAGCUGGCCUUAUCUGUCCCUGGGUUUCUUUACAUCCCUCUCUGGUGGUUCAUCCCAGAGUCUCCCCGGUGGCUGCUGUCGCAGGGCAGAGUGGAGGAGGCUGAACAAAUCCUGCAAGAUGCUGCCAGGAAAAAUGGGGUCGCUGCACCCACCAGAAUCUUUGAACCUGGAGAGGUAUCAGAUUGGACAUCUAAAAGUAAUCAGUCCCAUAGCGUCCUGGAUCUGCUAAGGACCAAAAACAUCUGCACCAUGACGAUUAUGUUCUUUACUGUGUGGAUGACAGUAAGUGUUGGAUACUUUGGCCUGUCUUUGAACACACCCAAUUUGCACGGUGACCCCUAUUUAAACUGCUUCUUCUCAGCUGCCACUGAAGUCCCGGCGUACAUUGUCGCCUGGUUACUCCUGCGAUGGUUUCCGAGGCGGUACAGCAUGUCUGCCACACUCUUCCUCGGUGGAGCUCUUCUUUUCUGCAUUCAUCUUGUUCCACCAAAUUUAACAAUGGUGUCUACCGCACUAGAGAUGGUUGGAAAAUUUGGCAUCACAGCUGCGUUUUCUGUAGUGUACGUCUUCACAGCAGAGGUGUACCCAACUGUAGUGAGGAACAUGGCGGUGGGAACUUGUUCCAUGGGGUCCAGACUGGGCAGCAUCAUCUCUCCGUACUUCAUCUACCUGGGUACGUAUGACAAGUAUUUGCCUUACUUUCUGAUGGGGAGCCUCACAAUGUUGUCAGGUGUUCUCAUUCUCCUUAUACCUGAGAGUUUCAGAGUGCCCAUGCCUGAGACCAUCAACGAGAUGCAGAUGAUUAAAGGCCUGAAACCUAAAAUGUCACACAAACCCCGAAGCCCUGCUGAGGCAGAAUAAAGGAAUACUGCAGUUUUUAAAGAAACAGAAGCUAUGCUCUGAGCAGCAUCUUCUUCAACUAGACUAGUCUGAAUCCAGUGUGCAGAAUUGGCACCUACAGGACAAUACUCUUUCCAACCGUGUGCUAAUGUUGAAUCUAUAUGCCUUAUCCAUGACAGUCAGGGUGCUGACAGUUUUAUAGACUCAGAUUAAAACUGGACUGGCAAGCAACAUUCUCCAUACUUCAUUAUUGUAAAUCAAAAAUCUAAAUGAGAAACAAUGUAUUUCUUUAUUUAUUUGUUUAUUUAUUGCAUUUAUAUAGCGUUUUUUAUACAAAAGCAUCGCAAA